CUUCUUAUUACACUACCAUUCUUAUUUUCUCUCUCGAUGCAAAAAUACAUAGAAAUGGCCUCUUCUCUUGCAUCCUCAUCAACUGUUCUCUGGAUCCUUUUUCUAACCAUUGCAACUCUUCAUUUGAGUUCGGCCAGGAAGUUGUCCGGGUCAGACCCGCAGUUGCAGUUUCAAUACCACAGAGGCCCUCUCCUCAAAGGCAAAAUCUCAGUAAACCUCAUUUGGUACGGUAAAUUCAAACCUUCUCAAAAAGCCAUCGUUGCUGAUUUCAUCACCUCGCUCUCCUCUCCCAAACCCGUCACCGCCCAACCAUCCGUUGCCACGUGGUGGAAAGCCACCGAUAAAUACUACAAAAACUCGUCCCCCAAACUCGCUCUUUCCCUCGGCACCACCCAAAUCCUGGACGAGAAUUACUCCUUAGGCAAAUCGCUUACGAAUAACCAAAUCUUAAAACUUGCAUCCAAGGGUCCACAGAGAAACGCUAUCAACAUUGUUCUCACUUCUGCUGACGUGGCAGUGGAGGGGUUCUGUUCCAGUAGGUGCGGAACACACGGAUCCUCCGUGGGGGCGCGCGUGAACGGAAAGAGAUACAAGUUGGCGUACAUUUGGGUGGGUAAUUCAGAGACACAGUGCCCGGGUCAAUGCGCGUGGCCGUUCCACCAACCCAUUUACGGUCCCCAGAAUCCACCUUUGGUUGCACCCAACAACAAUGUGGGACUUGACGGCAUGCUGAUCAAUGUGGCUAGUCUCCUUGCUGGCACUGUCACUAACCCUUUUGGAAAUGGUUACUUUCAAGGACCCAAAGAGGCUCCGUUGGAAGCAGGUUCGGCUUGCACUGGGGUGUAUGGUAAGGGCGCGUACCCUGGCUAUGCAGGGAACCUCUUGCUUGACCCCACCACUGGUGCCAGCUACAACGCUAAUGGAGUCAACGGAAGGAAGUAUCUGUUGCCAGCUCUUGUUGACCCUGAAACCUCAGCUUGCUCCACACUCGUGUAAAACUACCACUCAAACUAGUUUUCAUCCAUGCUUAGUUGUUACUUGUUAGGCAAUACCAGAGAUUCUUUCAUUUCUUCAUUCUUUUUGUUAUAGCUUGAAAACAAAAUUAUAGUGUUAGAAGUAAUGUUGUAACGACGUUGGUUACACCAAUAAUAUUCGUAAUAAAAGCUCUUUAUUGGAAAUUA